GUACUCAAGUUGGAUGAAACAAAACAACGAAUUACAUUUGCUUUGGGUGAAUGUUAAUGUUUUUGGGCCUGGGUGCAUGUUUGGGUCUUGCUGGUUUACAUUCUAUGCUUGUGUGUUACCCCCACCCCAUACAACACACACACACACACACACAACCACAAGCGUACAUCCACACAACACUCAUGCGCACACAUUAUGCCCCUUUGUCCCCUUAUCUCACCCCACCCUUCCAGACACAAGAGAGGAGGUGGAGCGCAGACAGACAUGCAAAAAGGAAAUCGGAGUGAACAGCAAUCAAGGUGAGGAGACACAGUUGGUGAGAGAAGCUUCAACGCACCGUCCCGAGACAGUUCAUGAUGGUGGACCUGUUCGUCGAUCGGGUCCUGGUGAAGAAUAACAGGGACCAGGAUGAGCUGGACACUGAACAUGAGAUUGCCAUUCGCCUGCAGAACCGCAUCCUGAUGCUUUUCUUUGCUUCUACUGCAUGUGACAGAUGUCGACAGUUUGCACCCAAACUCAGUGACUUCUUCACACGCUUGACAGAUGAGUUCUAUGUGGAUCGCUCUGCUCAACUGGUCCUCCUGUACAUCAGUUUGGACCAAUCGGAAGAACAUCAGUACGACUUCCUCAAACAGCUGCCCAAAAAGUGCCUGUUCCUCGCCUAUGAGGACCCCUACAGGAGGGAGCUGGAGGAAAUGUUUAACAUCAAGGAGCUUCCCACAGUAGUGGUCCUACGUCCCAAUUGCUCCGUCCUCACCCCAAACGCAGUAGAUGAGAUCAUCCGCCUCGGUCCGGCCUGCUACCGCAACUGGCAGGAAGCGGCAGAGCUCAUCGACAGGAACUUCAUGAUUACUGAGGACUUUCAAGAGAAGUCCAUUUGUAGCUUCACUGCCCCCGUGAGAAGACUCAAGUACAAGGUGGAGGACGAGAAGAAAAGGAACAAGAAAAGAAUACCGGGUGUAGUUGGAGAGAAUGCAAAUGUGGAUGGACAGGGAGGAUGGUCACCAUGGUGAUGAAGACAAUACCAACAAAAUAUUGAGUGAGAAUGUGUCUGAAAAGCUGCCACUUUUGUCGGAUUUAUGGUCUUUAAGAAGGAUGAUAGAAAAAAAAGAAACUUUGAGUCUAUCAUUCUACAACUUAUUGUAGUCAGUUACAGUAUUACCAUCAGAUCAGCUGACGUCCUUUCGGAGCAAUUGGUCAAGGCCAAGUUGGCAUUAUGGAAAAUAACUUCCCUGCAUGCCCUGAUGCAUCAUUAUAAUUGUCGACAAAUGGACACAAAACUGUGUCGCGUGCAGUGUGCAAUUUGAGAUAAAAUUGCAUUGAAUUAUUUCGCUGGUGAAAUGGAUUGUUUCCGGCGUAGCGUAAUUAAAAAUAAAGACAU